GCAUUUCCGUGGCGGGGGUUCUGGGAGAGGUGGCAGUCAGCAGCGCAACUGUUGGCACCGAAGCCCGGAGGCCCCGAAGGUCCCAGGUGUCACACUCCUCAGGUAGUUCAGCUCACCUGUGAAAUUGAGAGCCCUGGAUGGUGAAGAGAGGAAACUAGCAAAGGAUCCAGGUAAGAGUAACAAGAAGAAUGAAUGCCUCUCUCCUAAAUGCUCCUCAGGGUCAGUUAACAUUCAAGGACGUGGCUGUGGACUUCUCACAAGAGGAAUGGGAAUGUCUUGACUGUGCUCAGAGGGCAUUGUACAUGGAGGUGAUGUUGGAGAAUUACAAUAAUCUGUUUUUUGUGGAGAAUCAUUGCAUGUAUCCUAAAUUUGUGAACAUGUUGGAUCAAGAGCUACAGCAUAUUGUCCACGAACAUGUAAAUAUCCAAGUGAAAUCUUAUGAAUGUCAUGAGCUUGACAAAAUCAUCCAUGAGUCCACCGGAAGUACGCCUUUUAAAACUAACCUCAGGGCUACAUCUGUUGAAUCAUCAAAUCUAAGCAGAUAUGAAACUGAAAACAACAGAGAACCUUGCAAAGAUAAAAACCAUGUAAACUGUUUCAAUUUGUGCUCUACCAUUAGUCUAAAUCACGGAAUCCACAUAGGAAAGCAAGAAUACAAUGGUGCAAAGCUUGAUAAGGUUUUUGACUCUAAAGAAACCCUNAUGUUGAAACAAACCNAAAGUGNAAAGAAACCUUACAANUGUAGUGAANGUGCCAAAUGUUUUGCCAAGAAAUGCUGGUUUAGAAAACAUCAGACAACUCAUACAGGAGAAAAAUUUUACAAAUGUAAUGAAUGUGACAAAUCCUUUACCCAAAAAGGCAGUCUUAAUAUUCAUCAGAGGUAUCAUACAGGAAAGAAACCUUACAAAUGUAGUGAAUGUGAGAAAUGCUUCAUUCAAGUUGAUGAUCUUAGAAGACAUCAGAGAAUUCAUACAGGAGAGAAACCUUACAAAUGUAAUGAAUGUGAAAAAUGUUUUACCUACAAAAGCAGCCUUAGAAGUCACCAGAGAAUUCAUACAGGAGAGAAGCCUUACAAAUGUAGUGAAUGUGACAAAUGCUUUUCCCACAAAGGCAAUCUUAGUAUUCAUCUGAGAAUUCAUACAGGAGAGAAACCUUACAAAUGUAGUGAAUGUGACAAAAGCUUUACCCAAAAAUGCAGUCUUAGUAUUCAUCAGAGAAUUCAUGCAGGAGAGAAACCUUACAAAUGUAGUGAAUGUGACAAAGGCUUUACUCUAAAAAGCAGUCUUAUCGUUCAUCAAGUAAUUCAUACAGGAGAGAAAGCUUACAAAUGUAGUGAAUGUGACAAAUGCUUUUCCCUCAAAAGUAAUCUUAGUAUUCAUCAAAGAAUUCAUACAGGAGAAAAACUUUAUAGAUGUAGUGAGUGUGAUAAAUGCUUUACAAAGAAAUAUCGUCUUAGAAGUCAUCAGACAAUUCAUACAGGAGAGAAACCUUACAAGUGCAGUGAAUGUGACAAAUCUUUUACCCUGAAAGGUUAUCUUAGAAUUCAUCAUCAAAUUCAUACAGGAGAGAAACCUUACAAAUGUAGUGAAUGUGACAAAUGCUUUACUCAAAAAGUCAGUCUUAGAAUUCAUCAGAGAAUUCAUACAGGAGAGAAACCUUACAAAUGCAAUGAAUGUGACAGUUUCUUUACCCGAAAAGACAGUCUUAAUAUCCACCAGAGAAUUCAUACAGGAGAGAAACCUUACAAAUGUAGUGAAUGUGACAGAUGCUUUACCUAUAGAAUUCAAUCCUCAUCUUCAUUUGAGAAUUCAUACAGGAGAGAAACCUUACAAAUAUAAUAAAUGUGACAAAUGCUUUAGCCAAAAACAAUAUUCGCUCUUAUCAGAGAAUGCACACGGUUGACACCUUCACAAAUGAAGUGAAUGAGAAAAACCCGUUUCCAAGGAAGAUCAUCUUAGAAUUCAUCAGAGACUACAUAUAGGAGAAGGAACUUAUAAAUAUAGUAAAUGUUCAAAUCCUUCAGUGUUGGUCACCUCUUAAAAUACAUCAAACAAUGCAUUCAGGAUAAAAAAAAAAAAAAAAAAAACCUUCUGAAUGUGAUAUAUGAGGAAAGGUCUUUACCCAAAUCUCAGACCUAAGAAAAUACCUGGUUAUUUAUAUUCAGAAAAAAGUGUCUACUGGAAAAACUAUGACAUGUGCUUUAUUCCAGUGGUAUUUUUUGCAACACUUGAAGCUCUACACUAGAGAAUUAUUAUAUAUGUGAGGAAUUUGGGAACACAUUUAAAUAAUCCUCAAAUCUUAGGAGCAACUCAGGGUUUAUGCGAAGAGAAACUGAAAAUGCAGCAAUGAAGGAAAUCUUUCCUUAAAAGUUUUUACUUGUUCACUUUUAAAUAUGUCAUGAUGGAGAAGCCAAAAGAAUAUGGAGUUGUAUAAACUUUCCUGGAGACUGAAAUGAUCUAUUUCAAAGAGAAGCUGUGAAAUACAUGCCUCAAAAUAGCUAAUGAAACUGACAGCGUUCUAUAUGUUUAACUCAAAUGAACAUACUCAAAUUAUUCUUCUUAAAAGAGGAUUUGACAAACUGAGCCACAAAGAUAGGGUGAUCUUUAUCCUGUUCAGAUGCCUACAGAUAAGCGGUUUGCUUCCAAUUUCCACUAUUUAUUAUCUGUAUCUUAUGCUGGUUUUCAGUUUCAGGAUAGCAAUUGUCUUUGAGUCCCUUGUGCUCUCAUUUACUAACUGCUUCCCCUAAGUCCUGUAUGUAACUCCAAUAAAUCUCAUUGGUUUAACAAGUUGAA